ACGAGACUUACAAGGACUUACGCGUCCAAGAUCAGCCCUUUCUAUCGUAUUUACCACCAUGUCCAGAACAUCCUACGACCGAUACCUCACCGUAUUUUCCCCAGAAGGGCGGCUUUAUCAAGUUGAAUACGCAUUCAAGGCGAUAUCUGGCUCUGGACACACAUCAGUGGCAGUCCGUGGCAAGGAUACUUCGGUUGUGAUCACGCAACGCAAAGUUCCAGACAAACUCUUGGAUGCCUCGACCGUUACACAUUUAUUCAGUAUCACUCCAACAAUUGGCUGCGUAAUGACAGGUCUUAUCGCCGAUGCUCGCCAACAAAUAGCUCGAGCCAGAAGUGAAGCUGCAGACCACCGGCAUAAGUAUGGAUACGAAAUGUCGCCCGACCAGCUCGCAAGACGUAUCGCAAAUAUCAAUCAGGUAUACACUCAACGUGCUGGAAUGAGACCGUUCGGAAUCGCUAUGAUUCUUAUUGGUAUCGAUGCGGAGUACGGCCCUCAAUGCUUCAAACUUGAUCCUGCAGGCUACUUUGUAGGAUAUCACGCGACAGCCGCUGGUCAAAAACAACAAGAAGCCAUGAAUCAUUUAGAGAAGAAAUGGAAGAAACUCGACAAUGGGCGGGGUGCUGACGAUCCUGUCGCUGCUGGUCAGAAACUUAGCCGAGCUGAGGUCAUCGAGAUGGCUAUUGAAGCAAUGUCAACUGUGCAUGGUGUUGACUACAAGCCCUCCGAAAUUGAGAUCGGUAUUGUGUCGACAAGUCCAGAAGAAGAUGUCAAAACACAGGGAUCGUGGCGAACGAUGGACGAAUCGGAAAUUGAGAAACACCUGUUGGCGUAUGCUGAGAAGGAUUAGU